AUAUAUAUAUAUAUAUACAUAUACAUAUAGAGAGAGGCACAUAUCAUUGUAAAAUUGGGAUGAACAUCAAGCGGAAGUACAAUGUGGACGAUCCCACGGAAGAUGCGCUGAAGGCAUCGAUAUUUGCUCAACAGAUCUAUACGAAGCCAGUUCGCAAGCCCGAAGAUCUGGGCAAAUGGAGGCGUUCGCACGCCUACUCUGAUUUGGUGGCGUACAUCAAUAACACCAGCAUGGCUAUACAGGGUCAUACACAGGACGGCAACGACUUCAUUGUCUCCAGCCAGAUGAGCAAAUUGUGCAAGAUCUUCAAUUGGCUGGAUCGUUUGGUAUACGAAUGCCAUCCAUUGGGCGUUGGCCAGGGCAUGCUGCGCUGCGUCGGCGAGGACAGAAUCAACGUGAUGGAGUCGACCGUGUCGCUGCGCCACAAAUGCCAUCACGCCUACCGGCACUGGGUGAAGCUGGUCCAGGAGCGAGUCUAUUCCAUAUUGGAGCGCCAGAUCAAGCCGCACUGCAAGCACAUCAACGAGCUGGCCCAAUAUCUGACGCGCUCGUUUGGCAGCCUCCACAACUUUGACUAUGGACCCGGCCAUGAGCUAAUGUUCGUGUUCUAUUUGUGCAGCUUGUUCAAGGCCGGCAUCUUGGGUGCCGAAGAUACAAUUGCCGCUGCUCUAUUGCUAUAUCAAAGAUAUUUGGAUUUGGUGCGUCACCUAACGUCAUUCUUUCGCUUGGCGCCCAGCUACAAGCGCGACAACAAUGUCAUCGACGAUCGCAAUGUCUUGCCCUAUAUCUGGGGCUGUGCCCAGCUGUGCCGGAAGCAGCCCUUUGCGCCACCGCAAUGGGAACAGCCGGAAAUAAUGUCGGCACACCGCAAGAGCUAUAUGCUGCUAAGCAGUCUGGAGCAUUUGCAAAAGACGAUGAACUAUGCGGCUUUGGGUGUCCAUUCGUAUCAGCUGUGGUGUGUCCUAUCCCUGUCCAAUUGGCCAGAUGCAUACGACGGCCUGAUGGGCACCUAUGUUAAGUCUGUGCUCAAUGAUUUUUGCACCGUGCAGGACCUCGUUUUUUGUGAGAUGCUGAGCGUUACGCGCCAGCCUUUCGAAUACCUCCAACGGGCAUUUUUGGGUGAGGACAAGGAGGAAGCAUCGUCCUUGUCGACGGAGGAUACCGAUCAAUCAGAUGAAGACGAGGAAUCUGACUUACAGCUGUUGGACUCGCGACAUCUAAAAGCGAUCAAGAAGAAGGAGAUGCGCCAUACCAGAGCUCAGAUACUUUCAGCUGCCUGUCCGCCCAUUUCACUGCAUAAUAAUCUCCGGACCGAUGUCUUUUUGGGCUUCAAGAAUCCGAGCAAGCUUAGCAGUGAGCCGGACGCAGUUAGUGCCAAUGUGUUGCGGCGGCCGCGCCUCCAAAGCGACGUCAUUCGUCGAGACUCCACGGCACAGAUAUUAGCGAAUGAGAAAUCCAACCCCAACAAGAAAAGAACUUCCAUUGAAUCGGGCAACAGUGCUAUGCUGAAGAAAUUGACCAAUAGCUAUUCGGAACAGUCAUACUACACCAUUUGAUCUGAGUGUACGCCGAGUAGCUAUGAAUGCGCUCGCGAGCUCAUAAGGUCAAUCAAUUAUUUGUCCAUAUAUUUACAAUUAUACCUACAUA